AUGAGCGGAGCGGCGGCGGAUGGUAUCGAUGAUAGGGAUAUACCGAAACAGGAAUUGCUGGAGGCAGCGUUUAAUGGCGAUAUUGAAAAAAUAGACUCUCUAAUUCUUGGAGAAAAAGUGCAUAUCGACUCGGUGGAUGAUGAUCAUGUGACUGCCUUACAUAUUGCUGCGGCGAUGGGGAAUAAUAAGUUGGUAGUCCGCCUCCUCGACCACGGUGCCAACAUCCACGCAGUCAACCAACUCGGAAUGACCGCUUUCCACUACGCAGCUCGUGAAGGAAAACUCCCAGUAAUUGAGACCUUACUCCAACGUGGUGCUUCAAAUCAGAAGACGUUCCUUGGUGUCACCGCCUUAACAUUAGCCUGUGCAGGUGGUCAUGCAGAUGUUGUCAGGAGGCUUAUAAGGCUCCCCAACGAGAAUCAAACCGCGAAACGGUCACUGGCACCAACUUCAUUGAUUGUGGCGACGUGUAGCAAGUCUCCAUUAAUAUGUGGUUAUUUAGCAGACGCCCGUGUGAACAUGGAUGAAACUAUGGAGCUGCUGAGAGGGCUAUCCGCCUUAUCCGUCGCUAUCAUAUGUACACCGGGGUUAUAUAUGGUUAGGACACUUUUGGAUCGCGGCGCCAGUGCCACUAAGAAAACAUUGAUGAGAAAAACGCCGGAGGAAUUCGCUAGCGAGUUUAAUCGGAAGGAUGUCUACAACUUUUUCCGGGAGAAAAGGAAUCAUCGAAGUCGGAUGAAUACCGACUCCGACUUGCGAAAGGAGGUUAAGAAGGAUCAAAUCAUCGAAAGAGAGCUGGGACCGCCUCCUCAAAAUGGGUGCACUCUACUUAUGUAUGCAGUGACUGUGAGAAGUAUUAAUUCGGCCAAACACCUAGUCCUUCACCGCGAUUCUGACGUGAAUAUGAGGGAUAACAUGCACAUUACUGCUCUCCAAAUCGCCAGUCUGCUUCGAGUCGAUGAUAUCAUUCCGUUACUUCUUCAACGGAGCGCAGAUGCUACAGUAGCCAACAAAUUCGGUUGCACCGCGUACGACUUGUUUUUGAUGUCUUGUGAUACCGUGGAACCCGGUCAAAUCCGUGGCCAACUACACUGUCACCGUCCUACUGACAUGAGGCUUAACCUGAGCAACUCAUCUUCAAAUAUCUAUAAAGCGUUAGGGACUAAGAAUUUACUUAACAAGGUGUCCUCUCAAGUGUUCCAAGUGUCCGCGAAAGCGGAAGCGAUCGAGCCGAAGCAAUGGCUGGAGGCGAAGGUGAAGUAUCAGCCGGCGAAGUCGAGGAACGCUUAUAAAUUCGCGUCAGUCGAGGAUAUUUUGAGAUCGGCGAGAGUUGCGAAACGACCGGAGACCAAUGAGUAUGAUAAUGAGACAGAAGCAACGAGGGAGUAUAUGGAGGAAUGCCAAUCCUUCGCUGCUCUCUGCUUCACAGACUUCUACGGUGAGCGUGACAACAAGACGCCCACGUCAGAAUUCUACGAUAUCGCGCAAUACCACGCAAAACGAUCGGGUACCCUGAGAGACGAUUACAUACCGAAAUUCAAUUUCCGCCCGAGACGCAAUAGUAUUGAGAGGACGGAGUACAACCCGAGGAAGCCGAGAAAUGUGACGUCAGUAGGGUCACCUCAGAAUCAGAUGCGCACGACGCCGCGGAUGUUGAAAAAGUCGAGGGACGCGACGGCGACGUCUUCUACGACGGCGACGGCGACAGCGGAGUUCUACUCAGCAAGGGCGAGAGCAUCGGGUCUGGUUAAUGUGCCUACUGUAAUUGUGAAUAGACCGAGGGUGGUGACGACGUCACCAACAGUUACUAAUGAACUAAUCUGGAACCACUUGGCACGACGUGGAAAAAUUGAUUUGAUGCAAUCGCUGAAAAAGGAGGAAAUCGAUAAGCAUAGUUUCUUCUCCCUCCGAAAAGCGAAUCUCGAAGAGCUCAACAUCUACACACCAGAAAAUAUGACAGUGAUUGAGGAGAUUCAGCAGAUGUAUCCUAAUUAUCAUUAA